UUGAAAUAAGUAAAAAGUACAACAUCCGAGUGAGAUUAAGAAUGUAUCAAUAAAUAAAAAUGCUAGAUUAUUGCCAUAUGAAUAAAAAAAUUCAAUGAUGGAUGGUAAUACUAUGGUACUUUGACGUAUAGGUCUACUGUCUAUGUUUACCAUAUUCUUUCACAAUGGUAUUUAUUGGUGCUUCAAGAAUACUGUAGUCAUGAUACAUGUUUAGAAUGUGUGGGAAUAUUUCCUCUACUGACAGCUACAGAUCUACACAGUUUAAAAAGCCGUUAUAUGGCUCCAUCAUGUGGCUGAUAACGGUAUCACACACACGCAAAAAAAAAAAAAAAACUAUUAGCAGUGCGUUGUUUUAUGUCUAUAAAAAUAAGCUUGUUGCUCUAUCAUUAUAGGGUCACAUGAGGACAUCCCAAAGAGAGAGACUAUCUCUUAGUUUCAGAUGCUGUUAUGUGGACUAUAUGAAUAGUUUGUCUUUUAACCCCGCCCUUUUCCCUGUUGAGCCAAUCAAAACUCCCAAUCCAGCGUUCUGUUGACUUUGACAACGAAGCCCCGCCCUCAAACCAACGUCUGCUCUUCUUAGUUUUAAUGCUGAAAAUUAAUUAAUCCGGCGUCUUUGUUGUAGCUUUUUGGGAUUUUUUUCCUGAAAUUAAAGACAAUGUUUUCCACUCCAGAGUACAAAAACCUUUCAGCCUUCGGUUUGUACUUGAAUAUUUAGGUAUGAAGUGAAAUAAAACUAGUCGCGUGGAGUGAGUUACAGAGAUUUUGGCUCGCGCGAGCUGAAGCAAAACAAAAGUAAAAGGGACAUGAAAGCUUGAGUGAACGUGCAUUUGUCAAGAAGAAGGUGAGAAGUCCAUGUUUGCCUCGUCGCUUGGUGAUGGAGGGACGGGUUGGUGGUGUUAGUUUGGGUGCUGUUCUCAAGGCAACAGUCUGAAGUUCAUGUUUUCACAUGAAGAGCGCUGUUUUUAAAUACUCAAGAUUGUGUUAAAACAUCUUGAUGACCUAUAAGUAGACAUUAUGCAGCCUGUUCAUAAAAACAUUCGUAAUUGGUCAACCAUGAGAGAAGACCUCAGUGUCGGUGUGGAGGACGUGCGGGUGGUACAGGAGCUCAAAGUGGAAUAAAAGAGCUAUAAAGAGCCAGGUAAUGAAGCGGAGCAGAGGUGGUACCACUGCAGGGGUUCUGGUGUGGACACCAGCCCCAGCGUACUUCUCUCCCUCAAGCCCGGAGGGGUCGGACUUCAGCUGGGAUGAAGAACUUGAUGAGGACUUCCAAAGCCAGAUGGAUGAGAACGGCAUCAUUGGUCUGGCAGAGAGUCAAGGGCAGCAGGAGGGAAGAGAGGAGGAGAUUGCAGAGGACCUGUUGUGGGACGUGAAGACCCCCGAGCCUGAGCACGGGCCUCCACCUGUGCUAGAGGAGAUAAGCUAUCACCUGAGUGAGCUGCUGGACUCUGAGCCGCUCUCUCAUGCCACUGGAGACAACUGCUGCUCUGCAUCUCUGCAGGAAGAACACAGAGUAGAUGAUGACCAGAGUGUUUUGUUGGAAGAUUGGACUGAUGAUGAGGAUGGUACAGGGAGCCCAACAAUCCACAAGCACAAAUUAAACUCUUUCCCAAAGAGAGACACAGCGUUAGACAUGACUGAUGAGGAGACAGAAGAGAAGGACACAUGUGAAGAUGCUCAGAGAUUCAUGGAUCAAACAUUUCCUGUCGCAGAAGAGAUGGCAUCUAUGUUUGGAAGGGUGAAGAGCUUUGAUUUCAAUCACGAAAUGACUGAGAUCCCCCAAAACAUUCCAAUUUCAGGAAUCCCAGAGCUUUCUGAGCAAAGUGAUUGUGAGGAACUCAAGGAAACCAAUGGGCAAUUUCUCACAGACUCGCAUUGUUCCUUUAGAAACACUUCUGAUCCCUUCAGUUUUCCCCAUUUGUCCUCAGAAGAACUGAUGAAUAACUGUGGUAUUGAAGCUGAGACAUUUCCAGAGCUAGACGUUAGGGCAGAGUCAUCUCUUAGCACUUACCAGAGUCCUGCCCCUAAAACAUACCACAUGGAUAGAUCAAAGGGGGAGGAGAUUAAACACAAGAUCACACCUCAAGCUUCACCAAGAAGCCCUGUGAUUAGACUGGGAAAAAUGCACCAAGAUAGUACGAGAGGAGAAAAAUUAGAAAGAAGGUUACACAGUCCCAACCACAACCUGCAGCCUCCGACACCCUCUCCCAGAAAAACAAACCCUGCUUCCUGUGACGAUCAGGUUUCCAUUCCUGCACGGUGCAUUUCUAAAGCAAGCGUCUCCCCCUUAGAGCACUCGCCACCUCCUACAUCUCACCGAUCUUCAGCAAUGAAGAGCCACAGGACCUCCAAAACCUCUCACACUGAUCCAGAUGACAUCAGGAAAGGACAGCUGAGUCACCCUUUACCUGAUUUCUCCAAAGUGGAGCCAAGGGUUCAUUUCCCGAAAAAUAGUGGAUACAGACCUCCUAAAAGUCGUAGACCACCUCAUGAUAGCACUUCACACUCAGAUCUUCCUGUCGUGUUCAAAUCCCCUGCUGAGAUUGUGAGAGAGGUCCUGUUGAGCAGCUCUGAUGGGUCUCCAGUAAGUCCCUCCACCAAUGGGACCCACAAGCGCCUGAACAGUAAAGUACCAGAGGAGUUCCGCUGCCCCCAGCAGGCCAGCACACUGGUGCAGCAGCUACAGGAGGACUAUAACAGGCUGCUUACCAAGUAUGCAGAAGCUGAAAAUACUAUCGAUCGACUUCGCCUUGAAGCAAAGGUGGGUCUCCGUUCUGAACCCGCAAAGCCCAGUACAGCUAUCUUGUCAGGUGUUAUUCAGGAAGGGUCAAAGGUCAUAACCCUCAGUUUUCCUCAAGCACAGAGGGCAGAGUUCAGCGCAGGAUCUGCUAGCCUCACCCAGCAGAAGAAUGGCUCCGAAAACUCCAGAAAAACAGUAACUCGCCCUUCCUCUGUGAGCUCCCUCAGUUUGAGGAGGUCUGGACCUCUCACAGCAGACCAUCUAACAGAGACUCUGACCAAACAGACUCAGAGAUUUCAGCUACAGGUUGAUGCUUUUGAGGCACUUCUAAAGAAUGGGAAGCUCAAGGCCUGUGAACAGAUAACGGGUCUCUCCACACUGGCACAGGGGCAAGAGUCUCUUGAGAGGGCUUACCUAGAUGCACGAGCCCAGUAUCAGAUGCUGCAGCAGCGACAAGGCGGGCAUGUCACCUUUGACACAGACAGGGACCUAGAAGGUCAGAUCUUCAGGUCAGGGAUGCGAUUGGAUGAGAUAAAGGAGUGGCUGGAGCAAGCAGAACGGAAUCAACCCAUUUCUGAGCCUACUUUAACCCCGCUUCCUCCUUCAGAUGUGCUCUCUGUGUCCAUGCUGGAGACUGAACCUUUACCUGAGAGCCCACUGUCAGCUGUCCAUCCUGAGGCUUGUGUUGGUGUGGAGGUCAGUUCAGUUAGCGGAGAGAGUGAUGCAGACAGAGAGGAAGAGGAGAUCCUCCCAUUUGUUCUUCAUCCACUCUAUGACAAACACCAGCAUGUGGAGAAAGACUUCAGUAACCUCUUGGACUGUUAUCAGAGUUUUAAAGAGCUCCCUGGGAUGCUGGACCAAGCUGUGACUUUAAAGAGCUGUGACUUGCUGGAUUUUGGAGACUCUGUUCCUUCUGGGAAAAAAAGCACAACGGUCAGACAACGACACAGGACUAUUAAUGAGAGCGAGAUGACAAAAUCUGCUCAGCGGCAGCCAGCAGCAGAUUGUGUCCCACCCUCCAGCCCAUCUGUUAGGUCACAGGUGUGUGACUCUAUGGAAACUCACCCAGAGGCUCUUUGCCGCUCCUCAGUGUUGCCAGGGCAACAGGGCAGGGAGAGGAAAAUGGCAGGAAGCAGGAAAACUCAAAGCAGUAGCCUAACCAGCCUGGCAGAGAGUGCAGAGCCCAGAACUAUGGGCUUGAAAGCAAAGGCCAAGACUGUCAAAGCGUCCCCUCUGGAUGGGGUCAUGUCUCCAGAAACAGACAGUGGCUUUAUGGGCUCUGAGAGCAGUCAGCUUACUCCCGCAGUACACAGUCCUCUCCAGCAGAGGGCAGUGGUGAGUUCCACGCCGUCUGGCCUGCACAUGAAGAACACAGAAAGACCAGAGUCUGCUCCUCCUUCUGGGCAGCCUUUUGUCGUCUCCACCUCUGCCUCCCAACCCUCUCCGAAUACCCCAGGAGAACACCUCAGCACAUCUGGAGGAUGCACGGGUCCUGUUAGGAGGAGAGGAGGGGAGGAAAGGUGUUCUUCUUCCAGCCUUUCUCCAUCAAUCUCCCUUCAUUGGCCUAAUAGAACCAUCCCGCCCUGGCCGAGCAGCUUGACCAGCCAGUCAGAUCGUGGGAGUGAUCAUGUCCAUUUCUUAUCAGGGGAGGAAAAAGCACAGGAUGGCCAAUACCCACAACCAGCCAGUCUGCAGCUCAGCUCUCACAGAAGCCCCUCCCUCUAUGUGCCUUAUCACCGCAGCGACCACCUCGAAGCCCAAAGUUCCGUUCAGCUAACAAAUCACCAAGAGGCUCUUGAAUCUCUACAGCAAGAAGUGAACCGACUGAAGGAGAGACUAGAGGGAAAUCUGAGACUCUCCAAACCUGCUAGUCCUGUUAGAGCGCCCCCUUCUGCCACAGAAGACACCAGAGACCACGCACACCCACAGACCAUAACACCACAGUGGCUUCAUUUAAGGUCUUCAGAGAGGACGAGAAGGCAGACAGAGAGAAGGAGGAAUGGAGAAAAAGAGAGAGGAAACUCACCAAGACCCACCCUGAGGCAAAGAUCAGCAUCAUUACCUCGACAUCGGCCUGACACUGAUCUGACAACUGAUUCUGAGCAUGUCCAGUCUGAGCCAAGACCAUCAACAAUAAGACAUGUCCUGAUGUCCCCUAUGACAUCAAGAGGAAGAAGACAAACCAGAGGAUUUGAACGCCACAAAGAGGACAGUACCUGCAGAUCCGAUAAUAGCGAUGAAAUGGAAAUGAGCCGAGGAACAGAACCGACCUGUCCACACUGCACAUCAGAUCGCACUAGUACCUCGACACGUCCAAUGAGGAGCAGGAGCUCUCCACGUCUCACGCAACCUUCCUGUAGCCACUGCCCAUUGUGUGGUUCAUUAAGAGCCUCUCAACCAGCCAAUCAGGAGCCAGUCUCCAGCCCCAGAGGGACUCCAAUCAGAUCCAUACAGAGGGACAGACGAGGCAUGAACGUGACAUUAGCUCCUCCCCCCACAUUGCAGGGAGGUGUUCCAGUUAUCCCAUGUGUGCCCAUCUAUCCUUCAACUCUUUACUUCUCCAGCCCUGUGACGACACAGGCCUACUCACAACCCUCUAAUGUCUCAGCAAGCCCCGCCAGAGAUAAGAAGUCAGGGGUCAGAGGUCAUCGCAGACGCUCUCUCUCUGUGGACCAUCAGCAGCUCCCUCUGAACAGCUCUCUGACCCGUGCCCUCACAGCAGCUAGAAACAUGAGAGAGGUCUCGCAUCGCAUGGCUCAUUCUCUGGCCUCAGGGCUGCACAGCAGUAGCUUCCUCACCACAUCCUGCACCUACUGACACCAGCAGUUGUUCAUUUAGCAGACGCGUUUAUCCAAAGUGACAUACAUAAUGUACAAAGUACAUUUCUCAGCUGUGUCACAUAAAGAAAGUGAUGUGUGUUUGUUUUUAUUAGUUUACAUAAAACAACUCUUUCUCGUAGCAGUGUGACUGAUGACAUGCAGACAUGCAUGGUGGAAAAUGUGAAAUGUCUCAGGUGACUUUUAGAGAUUGAUAGCUGCAUUAUGGCAGCUAAAUUAAUACGUUUGUAUAUACAGUGACCUCAAAAAUGUUUGGAAACUUAAUCCACACUUAAAGAUAUAUGCAUAUCAUUGCAUUAGAAAGCAAAAAAUACAAGAAAUAUUGUUUUUUAUUGUUAACUAAAAAAAUGGAAAAAAACAAUAAAUGUACUGUUAAAUGAGUGAAGAUGAAGAUAUGUGGAUACAUUGUGGUUUCCAAACAUUAGUAGAACUUGAUGACAUCCAUUAUUUUACAGAUACCAGUUGGAUUUAUAUUUUGUUAUAUAAUUAAAAAACGUAAGUGUGGUUUAAAUGUCCAAAGGCUUUUGGGUCCACUGUAGUAGACCUUUAUUCUGGCAAGUCCAGAUAAUGUCAUUGUUAAGCUUUUUAAUUCCAUAGUGUGGUAGAUUUCUAUUUCUUUUAACAUACAAGAAAGGUUACUGUCACAGUAUGAAUGUGAACCAGUUUUGUUUUUUAAAAAUCUGUCAGUGACAGGUUUUUAAAUCUUUAUCCUUUCUAAUGGGGGGAAAAUAAGUACAGUGCUGCUCUAAAAGUUGGUGGGUGAUUGCGUUUUUAUUUAUAUUACAGUACUUUUGUGCUGUAUUUGUUUACCUGGAAUUUCCAAAUUUCAAACUGGAUAACUGUUUUUAAUUUACUAGUUCAGUGUAUAUAAUCCAGCAUUCCUUGAGUCUCACAAGAGUUUGUAGCAGCAUUGAGGUCAAUGUGAAAAGACCAACAAAUAAUGGAUAGUUAUGUGCAUAAUUUUUUCUGUUUUAUUAGGUUGUGAGAUAUUGAUUGUUACUAUAUUUUAUAUAGUUUUCUUGGGUGAAUGUCUUUUUAGUGCUGCUUGUUUUGGGCAUCACCCAGUCAAGCAAAUUUAUUGACUCUCUGGUAGUGCUUUUUUUAAAAAAAUCUGUUUUAUAUUUAUAGAGUUGUACUUUUAUACUUUAUUUACUACUAUAAAUGAUUCUACAUUUGA